CCUCGGCCUCACUCGUCUCCUUCGUCUUCAUGUACUCGUCCGUCGUGUACACCCUGUGCUCGGUCCCGAUCGGCGGGCUCGUCGACCUCUUCCCCUCCUCGUCGCGCUUGUACAAGGCGGUUACUGCUUCCGGCUUCGCCGUCCUCGCGCUCAGCUUCGCGAUCCUCGCGCCGGCGCUGCCUCGGACGGGGCCAGGAGCGCCGCCGCUCUCGGCGCUGCCGCCGGCGGAGCUCAAUUCUGUGUCGGCCGUCAUGGUCGCGAUGGGCCUCAAGGGAGUUGGGUCCGCCCUCUCCAACAACGCCGUCUAUCCAGACAUGGUCCUGCUCCUCCCGCCCGACAAGAUGACCCUCGCCUCCGCCUCGGGCCUGUGGAACGCGGCCUACUCGCUCGGUUGGGCAUUUGGGCCGCUGCUCGGCGGGCUCCUCUACGAGGCGAGCCGCACCGCGCAGCUCUGCGUCGGCCAUGACCUGGCCAGCUGCGACGCAGGCUCGGGUGACGCCGACGGGGCCGGCGUUGGCGCCGGGGAGGCAGUUGCGUGCGAGUGCGAGUGGGCGCCGCACAACGGCUUCGACUCAAUGGCGACGAUCGUAGCUGCAGUCUCGGCCGUCUACGGCGUGGUGCUGCUGGGCGCAUGCCUCCUUAACGUUGGGGCACUCCCUCCCUCCGCGCGAGCGCUCAGGCGAAGUUUAUUCUGAGGGACGCAGCAAAAACGAAAAGGAAAACGGCCGCUCUUGCGCGCGAUACACCAUAGUCAAGUCCAUAGUCCAUACUCGAGAGCGAUCAUGCACUUGAUCAUGCACUAUAAAUUUAUUGUGUCCAAGGCCGUCCCGUUUUGAUCAGUCAGUGAGGGGACGGAUUGAAGAUCCCUCACACCACAAGACCGUGGGGUGCAGGGCGCGCGGGGACACACAAUCAUGUCCACCUAAAUCCCAUAUCUCGUCUCAGAGUUUGACCGUUUUUAUUUAUUUAUUUCCCGUUUUGAUCUC